AUGACUCGGGAGGACGACGUUGAGACCCAAUCAAAUCAUAAUGAAAACACACCUCUGCUUGUAGGGGAGCAAUCGGAACAAUCCCGGCUGGAGCAGCGAGAGAACGAGAAGUCGAAUCGCUGGUACCUAUGGAGGAUCUUCUGGGUAAUUGUCGCUGCUCUUGUCCUUGCCGUGUUUAUCAAGGGCUGGAUUGACGCAGACGGCGAUUUUGACUUGAAAGAUGCGCUCAGGAAAGCGCUUGGUGGAGGUUUAAGUGGCGCAGCCGCCAUGGUUCUGCAGGUCUUGCUUUUGAUGCCUCUUCGAACGAUUAUGAACUAUCAGUACCGUUUCGGAACUUCAUUCUCUAGUGCCUCGCAAAUACUCUACGCUAAUGGAGGAUUUGGACGAUAUUAUUCGGGUAUCGGAGCCGCACUUAUACAAGGACCUGUUGCCAGGUUUGGAGACACAGCCGCCAACGCCGGAAUCUUGGCCUUGCUGCAGUCCAACUCAUAUCUGAAACACCUGCCUUCUCUCGGAAAGACUGUUUUUGCCUCCCUUUGCGCUGCUGGCUUCCGAAUGAUCCUCACGCCCGUCGAUACUCUCAAGACAACACUUCAGGCACAAGGCUCUGGUGGAACUGCCCUACUUCGCCAACGUAUCAAACAGCAUGGCAUUGGAACUCUGUGGUGGGGAGCAUUUGCUACCGCGGGAGCAACGUUCGUGGGACACUAUCCAUGGUUCGCAACGUAUAAUUUGUUGAUCGAAGUCAUCCAAGAACCGCCGAAGAGCGACUUGUUUCUUUGGUUACUGCGCCUAGCUUUCAUAGGAUUCGUCGCAUCCAUCAUAUCGGACUCUGUGUCUAAUUCACUGAGAGUAAUAAAGACAUACCGGCAGGUCAACGAUACCAAAGUCUCAUAUGGAGAGGCAGUGCGACUGGUGGUCCGGGAUGACGGAGUAUCAGGGCUGCUUGGCCGAGGACUGCCAACCCGCAUCUUGAGCAAUGGCCUCCAGGGACUGCUAUUUUCCAUUCUAUGGAAGCUAUUCUUGGAUAUGUGA